UCCAGUCUCCACCAAAUCCAAACAAACAAUGGCUGCAACGUUAUGGGCUUUGGUUUUGGUAAGCUUCUGCUGCCUCCUAGCUUCCAAUGCCCAAGCACCAGCAACAACACCAGCAAAGUUGCCUCCUACAACCCCAGCUGCAACUUCCCCAUCUUCUGGCACUCCACCAACAACCCCAGCUGCAACUUCCCCAACUUCUGGCACACCACCGGCAGCAACACAACCACCAACGGUAGCAUCAUCCCCUCCCACAAGUCAACCACCACCUACAACCCAACCACCUGCCAAUGUGGCUCCCAAGCCUGCUCCUGUGACACCACCAGCUCCCAAGGUUGCACCUGCUUCAAGCCCAAAAGCCCCACCACCUCAAAUUCCACCACCCCAACCGCCAAAAAUUUCACCUGUUGUAACUCCUGCAUCGCCACCACCACUAACACCACCACCUGUUGCUUCACCACCACCAUUACCACCACCAAAGAUAUCCCCAACACCAGCUAAAGCACCACCAGCCCCUGCACCAGCAAAGGCAACCCCAGCCCCUGCACCUGCACCCACAAAGCCAGCACCAACACCAUCGCCAGUUCCUUCACCGCCAGCACCAGCACCCGUAAUAGAAGUACCAGCACCAGCACCAUCCCACAAGCAUAGGAGAAGACAUAGGCACAAGCAUAGGAGACAUCAAGCACCAGCUCCAGCCCCAACAAUUAUUCGCAAGAGUCCCCCAGCACCACCUGAUACCACAGCAGAUGCAGACACAACACCGGCACCAGCACCAAGUCUGAAUCUGAAUGGUGCACCAUCAAACCACCAGCAUGGGAGAAACAUAUGGACGACAGCUGGACUUGCUAUUGCUGUUUUGCUAGCUGUCACUAGCUACAGCUGCUAGCAAUCUCGUAGUGACCAUCGUUUGCUCUGAG